AUAUGGAGGAGGAUAUGACUACCAUAAUGGCGAUAUUAACGACCAGAUGCAUUGUGGUUUUUCUUAUUGUGAUCACUUUGCCUGCUUACGCAAGGUGCCAACUCUCAGAUAUAGAUUUACGUAAGGAUUGCGGAACUUGUGGAAAUGCAUGCUGCGCUUUGCAGUUCAUAGUAGGAGGAAGCAGUGAGCCCAUCUAUGAGGAGUUUUCUAACUUUCUGAUGAAAGGUGGCACUGAUGGCUGGUACUUUUAUUCGGAUUCAACUGAUCUUCGCUCGCAAAAUGUGUCGGCCGAUUUCAUCAUUCAGGGAUACUAUUCAUCUAUUUUAAACCGCUACCAAAACACGCUGAAUUUCGCUGUAGAAAAGAGUACUAAUCUACAAAUGGUGUCUGUGAGAGCUUUCUCCAUCUCCAACGUUACCGGAACAUACUGUGAUGCUGGGCAGAAUUACAAGAAUUUGGUUCAAUUUAUGAUUGGACUAAAGAUGCCUUAUACCGAAGUUCACAUUUGGGGAUGCCCAAAAACGAAGCCGUAGUCAUUGUACCACGAAGCCAUUUCAGCGUUACUAGAACAGUGCCAGAGAUUGGGUUGGCUUCAGAACUCAAUACUGUUUAUAAAGACAGAUGUAAAGAUUCACGAAAAUCAAAUUCUGAAUACUUUACAGCUCAUUUUAGUUUAGA